AUUGAUGAAAAAUAAAAACAGCUUGGCAGCAAUCGAUAUCAUUUUCUUUUUGACCUCCUUCCUGAAUAUUGGGCAGCAAAAGCAAAAAGCAAAAAGAAGGAACAAAUUCGGAGUUUUUGGGUAUCAAAAAUAAAAUAAUGGCAGAAAUAAAAAAGCCAAUGAGAAAGCAAGAAUAGAGCUGUUCAUGAAUUCAAGAGGAAUAAAAAUUUCGCAUACCCACUGGUUUCUUAAUAUCUUUACAAUCCCUGGGCGAAUUGUUCAAGCUAAAAUCUGCCGAUCUUUGUACCUUGUUAUUCAGUCAAGCUCUGCAACAAUUUAGGCUCAUUAAUAAGAUGAGUAAAAGAUCACACAACUCAUACGAUUAAAGCUUCAUAGGGAGUUCAAAAAGAAUAUCAUCUAUGGAGUUUGGCUUUUCUAGGGAUCACCUAUAUGAACAAUAUUUUCUCAAAUAAGCAAUCACAAGUUUGCAAAUAUAGGUGUCAUGGAGAUAUCACUUCUGAAAUACUCGAAUCCAUCACUGAUUCAGAAAUCUCUUCCAAUGAAUCUCUCCAAAAAGAAUUUGCAGGAUUGAGUCAAUCCAUUGAUGAACUCAGAGAGCUUCUUGAAGAUUGCCACCCGUUGAUGAGCAAAGUUUACUUUGUUAUGCAAAUUGAAUCAUUAUUUGCAAAGAUUCGUUCUCAAAGCUUACAACUUUUUGAGCUUCUGCAAUCUUCUAAUGAUCUCCCUGAUGAAUUAAGUUCAUCAUCACUCGAGCAUUGCAUACAGAAAAUCAAACACAUGGGUCAUGAAAAAUUAUCAUCUAUACUUUCAAAAGCAAUAAGGGAUCAAGCAGAUGGAUCUGGACCUAGUGUUGACUCAAGGUCAAAAAUUGCUGACUUUCUUAACCUAAAGUCAAACCAAGAACUUUUAAUCGAAGCUGUUGCCCUUGAAAAACUAAAGGAAAACGCAGAACAAGCAGAAAAGAUUGGAGAUUUAGAAGUUAUUGAAGAAAUGAUUAAUCUUGUUACACAUAUGAUUGAUUGUUUAAUUGAAGCAAAACAAUCAGAAUCUUCAAACCCUGUCCCAAUUCCACCCGAUUUCUGUUGCCCUUUAUCACUUGAAUUGAUGACAGACCCUGUAAUUGUAGCUUCUGGACAGACAUAUGAGCGGGGGUAUAUUCGUAAAUGGCUCGAUCUUGGCCUCACUGUGUGCCCUAAAACCAUGCAAACCCUAGCCCACACUAAUCUCAUCCCUAAUUACACCGUGAAAGCCCUAAUCGCAAACUGGUGCGAGUCAAACAAUGUCAAACUCCCUGACCGGUUAACACCCGUAGGGGUAAUUUCGUCAUUUCACAAACCCAAUUCUCCCGUCCACCAUCACCAUGUCCAAACACCCUCCGUCGAUUCCUUACCGGAAAACACACCGGAAUCCGGCGACCAAGGUGAAAACUCAACGGUGUCGAAUACAAACGAGUCUCAGGCGGAUGAGGUGGUGGUGCCGCCGGAGGUGGCGGUGGAAGUGGUGGCUCAGCCUUCCGCUGCCACUCCGCGGCGGGACCACGAAUACUCGCCGCGGUUCGAACCGAGGCCGAGAAACCAACUAUGGCGGAGGCCGUCGGAUCGGUUCGGCCCGCGGAUCGUGUCGUCUCCAACCACUGAGACGCGACCGGAUUUAACCGCGGUUGAAACCCAAGUCAAGAAAUUGGUCAACGAGUUGACCGACACGUCAAUCGAUGUGGUUAGAAACGCAACCAGUGAGUUAAGAUUACUCGCGAGACACAACAUGGAUAACCGCAUCGUGAUCGCAAACUGUGGCGCGAUAAAUUUACUAAUCGGUCUUCUAAAGUCAACGGACGAAAAAGUCCAAGAAAAUUCCGUAACCGCCCUUUUGAAUUUAUCGAUAAAUGAUAAUAACAAAACCACGAUUGCAAACGCGGACGCGAUCGAACCGUUGAUUCACGUGCUCGAGACCGGGAGCUCGGAAGCGAAAGAAAACUCGGCCGCCACGCUUUUUAGUCUUUCGGUGAUUGAAGACAACAAGAUAAGAAUCGGGCGGUCGGGGGCGAUUCGUCCGCUUGUGGAUUUAUUAGGGAACGGGACACCGAGGGGUAAAAAGGACGCGGCGACUGCUUUAUUUAAUUUAUCGAUUUUUCACGAAAAUAAAGCGAGAAUCGUCCAGGCUGGCGCGGUGAGGUAUCUUGUUGAGUUAAUGGACCCCGCGGCAGGGAUGGUGGAUAAGGCGGUUGCUGUGUUGUCGAACCUUGCGACGAUUCCGGAAGGUCGGGCGGCGAUCGGGCAGGAGGGCGGGAUACCGGUUUUGGUUGAGGUUGUUGAGUUGGGGUCCGCGAGAGGGAAGGAGAAUGCCGCGGCGGCGCUUUUGCAGUUGUGUACGAAUAGCAGUCGGUUUUGUAAUAUGGUGUUGCAAGAGGGGGCGGUCCCGCCGUUGGUUGCUUUGUCACAGUCGGGGACCCCACGCGCUAAGGAAAAGGCUCAAUCGCUGCUAAGCUACUUUAGGAACCAACGACAUGGGAAUGGUGGGAGGGGGUGAUGGUGAUGGUUUUUGAGGUAAGAUAUGUAUACAAUUGUAUAUCUAAUGUUGCAAAUAAUGCAUAUGGAGGUUGUGUUUUUUCGGGGUAUUGUGUUGAUUUGUGACAAAAAGAGAGGACAUAGAAAUGAUUUGUGGAGGGGAGUUUGAUUGAGUCCUCUCGAUGAAUAACUUUGUGGUUAAAUUUGCAGCCUAAUGUAGUAGUGUGAGUUUGUUUGUCAGAAGAAUGAAUAUAACUCAUAUUUUCCUUAUGAAAAAUCUUAGAUCCUUGUUUC